GCCAUAUCUCAUUCCAUUCCCAGUUUCAGAGAAUUCUCUCAGCUCUCAAAACCUUCUUCUCUUCUUGUGAUCUUUCCUCUGUCUCUUGGGAGAACAACUCUGUUCUUGCUUGGAGGUGGCUAAUCGCAGACUACACAGAGCGGUAGUGGUUUCAGUUUUAUGGGAUUGCAUCAGCAUGCAUGGGCUGAAGUUGGCAUGGAGAUCUUCAGCCCAAGGUCCAAUGAUAUAACAUCCAUGGUGAACAAAAUUGCUCCUUGGAAUGAACAAGAGAAGAUGGCCCUGAGAACACUGGUGAAGUGCCCGAGCUUCAAAGAAUGGGAAGGGGGUGAAGAAACCAAAAAUUCAGUGAAUCACAAGAACAGGCCUAGCCGGAUAAACGUCGUCGUCGACGGCCGGAGAAAUUCAGACAUGUUCAUGGAAUCGAGCCCCAUUGUCUCCUCCAGCCCCAAAUGCGAGCUUGAUGCUGCAGCAGUCAAGGUUCAGAAGGUGUACAAGAGCUACCGGACGCGGCGAAACCUCGCCGAUUGCGCAGUCGUCGUCGAGGAGCUAUGGUGGAAAGCACUGGACUUUGCAUCGCUGAAGCACAGCUCGAUAUCAUUCUUCAAUGGCGAAAAGCCCGAAACCGCGGCAUCCCGGUGGGCAAGAGCAAGGACAAGAGCAGCCAAGGUUGGAAAGGGGUUAUCGAAGAACGGGAAGGCUCAGAAGCUGGCAUUGCAGCACUGGCUCGAAGCUAUUGAUCCGAGGCAUCGAUAUGGCCACAAUUUGCAUAUUUAUUAUGGUGUCUGGUCCAGGAGUGAGAGCACAGAGCCAUUCUUUUAUUGGUUGGACAUUGGGGAGGGCAAAGAAGUAAAUCUUGACAAGUGUCCUAGGACCAAACUUCAAAGCCAGUGCAUCAAGUACCUUGGACCAAAAGAGAGGCAGGAAUAUGAAGUUGUUGUGGAGAGUGGCAGGCUUGUUUACAGACAGUCUAGAGGAGUUGUCCACACUUCAGAUGAUUCCAAGUGGAUCUUUGUCCUCAGCACAACCAAGGCAUUGUAUGUUGGCCAGAAGAAGAAAGGGUCAUUUCAGCACUCCAGCUUUCUGGCUGGUGGAGCCAUCACAUCUGCUGGAAGAUUAGUGGUCAAAGACGGAAUCCUCAAGGCAAUAUGGCCAUACAGUGGUCACUACCUUCCAACCGAGGAGAAUUUCAGAGAAUUCAUCAGCUACCUUCAGGAGAACGGCGUCGACCUUGCCGAUGUCAAGGUAAAUAGAUGUCCCAUUGGCAAAGACGACGACUACCCAUUGCCGAGCAGGCCCGACGCAGCUCAGCCUGACGUCACCGUCGCCAUUGCCGCCAAGGACACUGAGAAACACGCCACCGCCACGGCAGCUUCAGCUGAGCGUCUAGGCGACACCAUCUCCGGCGACAUGGACCAUGCAGCCGUCGACGAUGGCAGCAUGAGCGAAGGCGAGGACGAAGACAUCGAUGCAACGAAAGAAGCGGAGGAGGUGAGGAGGUCGCCGGCGGUGCAGGAGCACGCACCGACGGCGAGCGUCGUCGCCGCCGCCGAGAGCCCGAGCAAGAACCACCUGUCGUGCCGGUGGUCGACGGGCACCGGGCCGCGCAUCCGGUGCGUGCGCGACUACCCGCAGGACCUCCAGUCGAUGGCGCUGGAGCACGUCAACCUGUCGCCGAGGCUCGCCGCCGGGCCGGCGUCGAGGAAGAGGGACCCGGUGCCGUCGCCACGGCCGAGCCCGGGGAUAAUAGUGUCGCCGCGGCUCGCGUCGGUGGGGUUCCGGCCGCCGGUGGUGGCGCUGACGCUGCCGGACUCCAAGAGGAGCAGAGUGCAUUGAGCAAUUUUUGCUUAAUUUCAGUAGUUUUUAGCUGAUCAGAAAGAACAAAUAACAGCUGGUCCAAAAAUUUUGCGAGGACAGCGAUUCUUUUGCUGCUAGCAGCAUGCAGAUUUCUUGAUUUUAUUUCUUCUUCAGUGUUUGUUGUAGUUGCUUCAGAUUGUACAAUUUGUCAGUUUUGUUCAUACUCCAGUUAUUCCUUUAGUUAGAUGUACCUAUGUACACAACGGAUUCAUGUAAAUUAUUUGAGACGAGAAAGAAGCAAAG